ACCAGAGUGCAGAGAGGAUUGGGCAGACAUGGAGCCGAAGCGCAUCAGAGAAGGCUACCUCGUGAAAAAGGGAAGUAUGUUUAAUACCUGGAAGGCCAUGUGGGUCGUGCUACUCGAAGAUGGGAUUGAAUUCUACAAGAAGAAAAGUGACAAUAGUCCUAAAGGAAUGAUUCCUUUAAAAGGGAGCAGUCUGCACAGCCCCUGCCAGGAGUUUGGUAAAAGAAUGUUCGUGUUUAAGAUCUCCAUGCCCAAGCAGCAGGACCACUUCUUCCAAGCCGCAUACCUGGAGGAGAGAGAUGGUUGGGUGAGAGACAUUAAGAAGGCAAUUAAAUGCAUUGAAGGAGGCCAGAAGUUUGCCAGAAAAUCCACGAGACGAUCCAUCCGGCUGCCAGAAACAGUUGACUUGAGUGCCCUGUAUUUGUCCAUGAAGGAUGCUGAUAAAGGAGUGAAAGAAAUGAAACUGGAGAAGGAAAAGAAGGUGUUCAAUCACUGCUUUACAGGUAACUGUGUGAUCGAUUGGCUGCUAUCCAACAAUUCAGUCCGGAAUCGCCAGGAGGGCCUCAUGAUAGCAUCCUCCCUGCUCAGUGAAGGCUUCCUGCAGCCUGCUGGGGAUCUAUCCAAGAAUGCAGCUGAAGGGAUUGCGGAAACCCCUUUCCUGGAUAACCCGGAUGCCUUGUACUACUUUACUGAUAGCGGGUUCUUCUGUGAAGAUAAUUCAAGUGAUGAUGAUGUGGUUCUGAGAGAAGAAUUCAGAGGAGCUAUCAUCAAGCAGGGAUGUUUACUGAAGCAGGGACAUCGGCGGAAAAACUGGAAAGUGAGAAAGUUUGUCCUGAGGGAGGAUCCUGCGUAUCUGCACUACUACGAUCCAGCAGGGGGAGAAGAUCCCCUUGGAGCAAUUCACCUGAGAGGAUGUGUGGUAACUGCGGUGGAAGAUUCUCCAGAUGCCAAGAAGAAUGAGGACAGCAACCUCUUCGAGAUCAUCACAGCCAGUGAGGUUCACUAUUUCCUACAAGCGGCCACCCCCAAGGAGCGCACAGAGUGGAUUAAAGCCAUCCAGGCCGUGUCUCGGACAGGGAAAUGAACUUUUUAGCCAUUUGCCCCAAGGAAAUUCUAUCGUAUCCCCCAAACAAGCCCUCUCUCAAGAGCAGCCAUGAAAGUGGGGGCAGAAUUUCCAUGGCAAUUCUGAAUGUAAGCAACGUAUUCUCAGAAGUGAAUGGAGAAGACUAUUUACUGCUCAGUAUCUGUCACCCUUCCUACUUAGACAGUGAGCCCUACAUGGGAAAGGGACUGUGUCCAACCUAUUUAACUUCUAACGGCGCUUAAAACAGUGCUUGCCACACAGUAAGCUCUUAACAAAUACCAUAAUUACUAAUAUUAGGGAUGAUUUGAAUGUCCUAGCAAGAGUUUACUGAUCUUCAGCAUUGCUUCCGUUUAUUUGUCUUUAUCUUCACUAGCAUAUCUUGUAAAGAUAUCUGAGUAAAGUCAAUAUUUCAGGUUCUUUUCCAUUGUAAAUUUUUUAAAUAUCCUAUCUGUGCUAGGCCACAACACUCAAUUGCCUUUAACUGUGCUAGACUCAAUGAGGAUAUUUCUCAUUAAAGCAGCAUCACAGUAGAUUACAAUUACAUUCAUGAGACCCCCACCCUGCUUACUAGAAGAAACAAUGUAUUUGGUUGGGAAAGUGGUUAUUGGCAAGGCUCUGCUAAAGGACUGCCUUUCUUAGUCCAGUGGCUCUAGGCUUUUUUGGAUUAGAUUCUGCACCUUUGAACAAGCCAGAUUAUCUUUUCUCCCUCCUGUAAAGCGUCCUUUUUAUUUAAAAAUAUGUUAGUCGUGAGAUCUCCUUCUCGCUAUGCUUUUUCAGAGGGCUUUUCCUACCUUCUCCCUUUCCCUCCAAAGCCUCAGGUAGGUGAGAUCUACCUGGCAGCCCCCGACGGUAAAUAAAGUGGCAUUCUCAUCCUCUUCCCCCUUCUUGGACAUCUCUGGAGCACAGUGUAGUUGAAAGAAUACAGACCUGAGAGUCAGAGGACCUGGGUUUUAUUCCCAGUUCUACCACUUGC